GUUUUUCCUUUCACCUCUUAGGAAGCCAUGAAUGCGUCAGGAGUCAACAAAGUGACUGAAUUCAUACUCCUGAGUUUUCCCUGCUCUAGAGAGGUUCAGGUCCUCCUCUUUGUGCUGUUCUUUGUGUCCUACAUCCUGACACUGAUGGGGAACGGGGCCAUUGUCUGUGCAGUGAAGCUGGAUCACAGACUCCACACCCCCAUGUACACGCUGUUGGCCAACUUCUCAUUCCUAGAGAUCUGUUACGUCAACACCACCGUUCCCAAUAUGUUAAGGAACUUUCUCUCUGAGACCAAAACCAUCUCUUUCACUGCCUGCUUCCUCCAGUUUUACUUCUUCUUCUCUAUGGGCACAACUGAGACCUUCUUACUGCCCCUCCUGGCUUUUGAUCGGUACCUGGCCAUCUGCCGACCUCUCCACUAUCCUACCAUCAUGAGCAGCCAUCUCUGCAUGAACUUGGUGGUCCUCUGCUGGGUAACAGCCUUCCUCUGCUAUCCAGUCCCUAUAUAUCUUAUCACACAACUUCCCUUUUGUGGCCCCAAUACCAUUGACCACUUUGUCUGUGACCCUGGUCCUUUACUGGCCCUCUCUUGCAUCCCUGCCCCUGGAAUUGAGCUCUCCUGUUCCAUAUUGAGCUCUCUUAUUAUCUUCAUCACUUUUUUCUUCAUCCUUGGGUCUUACACCCUGGUUCUCAGAGCAGUGUUGCGUGUCCCUUCAGCAGCUGGCAGACGUAAGGCCUUCUCCACCUGUGGUUCCCACCUGGCUGUAGUGUCUCUGUUCUAUGGAACCCUCAUGGUGAUGUACAUCAGCCCAACCUCUGGAAAUCCAGCUGGGAUACAGAAGAUUGUCACCUUGUUGUACUCAUCAGUGACGCCACUUGUAAACCCUCUGAUCUACAGUCUCCGGAACAAGGACAUGAAGGCUGCCUUGAGAAAAAUUCAGAUGUGCACAAAAAUUAGUCAGAGUAAGUGAGAGCCCAUGGGUGGUUCAAGAUCAGAAUU